AUGCUUGUGCGAGAUGAGCCUGAUCCUAAUCUUAUUGUUGAUGGAAGACGCAAUCAUCGGCGUCCUCAGCGCUAUGGAGAAAGUACAUCACUGCCACCACCCUCAUCAUCGCGAAAACAUGGUCCUGAUAAUCUGAACCCAUCAGGCGACAAUGAGCAUACUGCUGUGCCAUCUGUACCUCGGCAGUCCAAAUGUGUAUGUACCAAUGAUGAGACCCUGGAGGAAUGUGAUGAGCCUGAGGUGCCAGAAAAACAAGCAGUGAGGGUCAGGGCUUAG